AUGUUUUCAAAAGUUGCUACAAGAUCAUUUUCAUCAUCUGCUUCAAAUGCUUAUAAAGUUGCCGUUUUAGGAGCUGGUGGAGGUAUUGGACAACCAUUAUCAUUAUUAUUAAAAUUAAAUCAUAAAGUUACUGAUUUAGCUUUAUAUGAUAUUAAAGGUGCACCUGGUGUUGCUGCAGAUGUUAGUCAUGUACCAACUAAUUCAACUGUUAAAGGUUAUAAUCCAGAUCAAUUAAAAGAAGCUUUAACUGAUGCUGAUGUUAUUGUUAUACCAGCUGGUGUACCAAGAAAACCAGGUAUGACAAGAGAUGAUUUAUUUAAUACUAAUGCAUCAAUUGUUAGAGAUUUAGCCAAAGCUGCUGCUGAUUAUGCUCCAAAUGCUGCUUUAGCUAUUAUUUCAAAUCCUGUUAAUUCAACAGUUCCAAUUGUUGCUGAAGUUUUUAAAUCAAAAGGAGUUUAUAAUCCAAAAAAAUUAUUUGGUGUUACUACUUUAGAUGUUUUAAGAGCUGCAAGAUUUGUUUCUGAAGUUGCUCAUACUAAUCCAGUUAAUGAACAUGUUCCAGUUGUUGGUGGUCAUUCAGGUAUUACUAUUAUUCCAUUAUUAUCACAAACUACUCAUAAAGAUUUACCAACUGAUGUAAGAGAUUCUUUAGUAAAUAGAAUUCAAUUUGGUGGUGAUGAAGUUGUUAAAGCUAAAGAUGGUGCUGGAUCAGCUACUUUAUCAAUGGCUCAAGCAGGUGCAAGAUUCACUGGUUCUUUAUUAAAUGGUUUAGCUGGUGAAAAAGAUAUUAUUGAAUGUACUUUUGUUGAUUCACCAUUAUUUAAAGAUGAAGGUGUUGAAUUUUUCUCAUCAAAAGUUACUUUAGGUCCAGAAGGUGUUCAAAAAGUUCAUCCAUUAGGUGAAUUAUCUGAUUAUGAAGAAGGUUUAGUUAAAACUGCUAAAGAUACUUUAAUUGGUAAUAUUAAAAAAGGUGUUGACUUUGUUGAUCAAAACCCAUAG